CGGAGCUCUCAGUAAGCACAUUUGAUUUACAAUGCAGUUCCAUGGAGCGAUCGAGGUGCAGGCACCGAGUCCACUGAGGUACCUAAUCGGAGCGGCGAUCAUGAUGAUCGGAGUCGUAUUACCUGUCGCUUUCAUGAUUUUCCGAAACAAACGAUCUCCUUCUUCUUCUUACCCCAAACAGACGUAGGAACAAAACUUUUAUAUAGAGAUCAUUCUUGAGGAUUCAGAUCAUUGAAUACACUCCAAUGUAUUGACAGAUCUAGUGUUUGAAUCUCUAGUUUAGAAAUGCAAAUGCAAAUUUCUUGUGUGUAUUUCCAUUCGUGUUCUUGUCCAUGAUCAUCAGAAAA